AGAAAAUCCCAGAACAGCUGAUUGGUUUCUAUUGGUUGCAGGGUAAAAGAUCAUUCUACAGAAGUACUUUCUUCUUGCACUCCUUCCUAAACAUCUAAGUGAGAUGGGAAAGGUUUGCGCCAUUUUUGGAGGAUCCCGGGGAAUAGGAAAAGCUGUCGCAGAAUUACUGGCACAGAAAGGCUGCCACCUGGCGAUUAUUGGUCGAAAUCUGGAAGCAGCCCAAGCCACUGCACGGAGUCUUGGUGGGCAUCUGGCAAUUAAGUGCGAUGUAUCCAGUGAACAAGAAGUCCAAAAUGCUUUUGAGGAGAUGCAGAGGAAUUUAGGUCCUGUUAACUACUUGGUUAAUGCAGCUGGGAUCAACAGGGAUGGUUUGUUGCUGAGAACCAAGCCUGAAGAUAUGGUAGCCCAGAUUAACACUAACCUUUUGGGAACAAUGUUGACAUGCAAAGCUGCUGUAAAAAACAUGAUUAAGCAACAGGGAGGUGCUAUUGUCAAUAUAGGCAGUGUUGUAGGACUUAAAGGCAACUCUGGUCAAAGUGUAUAUAGUGCUACCAAAGCAGGAUUAGUUGGAUUUUCACGAUCCCUUGCUAAAGAAGUAGCGAAAAAGCAAAUUCGAGUCAAUGUGGUCGCUCCAGGCUUUAUUCACACAGAGAUGACUGCUCAUUUGGAAGAAGAUCAGUUGAAGCAAGCAAUUCUCCUUGGAAGAUUUGGAGAGCCUCGUGAAGUUGCACAAGCUGUUGUCUUUCUUCUAGAGACCCCUUAUGUUACAGGGAGUAUUCUGGUUGUAGAUGGGGGCUUGCAGCUUAUGACUUAAAUACUACCUUCAAUAAGAACCGACUUUGGUAAUAUACGUAUCUAUAUUGAUCAAAGGGAGAGGGGUGAAAAUCAGUUGAAGAUGGAUAUAUGUAAUUGACUUGACAUUACUUAGCCGGAAGAGAAAUUCAGCAGUGUUAAAGUCCAGUGUGUAUAUUCAGCUACCUGAAAGAGUUCAUUUGGUAUUAUGAAGUCUGUGUGUGCGGUAAAAGGAGAGAGCCUGGAAAGAAAGUUCUGUGAGGACAAGGCUGUGAUUUCACAAGGCAAUUGUGUAUGUAACAGUUUGAAAAAGAUCUGUUUUUUUACUAUGGUGAUAGUUUUAAGUAACAUGCUGAUACUUUUUUAAAGCGCUAUAUUUUCAUGAAGUCAUAUUCUGAAUUUGGGAUAAAGUGGAGAUUUUAUUCAAAUGAUCAUGUUACAUUAAAGUUAAUAGAGUGUGGAGGCAUGUUUAUUGGUUGGCACAUAUGAUUGCAUCAAGCUCUUCAUGUAGGGCAAAGACUGCAAAUGGCAUAAUUUUUUAUUCUCUUCAGCUAGUCCCUACAAAGUUUCCUUUGGGUUUUUGUUUGUCUGUAGCUAACACUACAAAGCCGUGAACUUCUGGUUCUUAAGUAUACCUGCAUUGCCUUUAGGACAUUUAAUUAUAUGCAGUAUGCUUUUAUAAAGACAGAACCUGCUUGAUCCCUUUCUUGAAUGUAUGUACAGCACUCAAUCCAGUAGCACUUGUGUGUGUUUAUAUACGUUGAAGGACUGUUGCUUCAUUGUUGGAGUUGCUGAUUUCUGUAAUAUUCUGAGUUUGAUCUGCACAUGCACUGGUGUGAGCAAUACAGCUGCAGACCUUGCUGCACAAAAGAAUUUUCAGUGACUCAGUAGAUGUUUAAAAAACACAUAUCACUUCAAAGUGUGGAGUCAAGGUGUUUUGCUGUAUAUCUUCUUGAACACUCAGCUCAACUGUUGUGUUGAUGCUUUUUAAUAUGUAUGUAUAGUCAAUAAAAUAACCAUUUAUUUUAUUCAAAA